AAGAAAGAGAGAGAGAGAGAGAUUGAUAGGGAGAGGGAGAGAGAGAGAGAGAGCACUCUAACCCUGCCCACUUUUACAAAGCCAUUCAACUCCGACAUAGUGAGGCUUCUCCAGUGCUGUGUACAUCAGCAGGAAAGGACACCAUCACUACUGCAGCUCAACACACUGCUCUAUCUCCCAGUCACUUUGUUCAAGGACUAAAGUAGCGUGGACACUCUCUACCAAACACGAGACUGGAGAGAGUGGACAAGAGACUUCACUAACUGGACAAAAAGAAGAGGAAUGGUUUUACAAAGCUGAGAGGAGACAAAGCUGAGAGGAGACACCUGCUUUCCUGGACUUGAUAGGAUAAGUGGUUUACAAGGACUGCAGCAAAGACCUGGUUUAUGAGGACCAAAGUAAAGAGCCUGGUCUCAAAACCUCCUCCACUUUCCAACAUCCAACUUUUUGAAGCUAUAGUACCACUCUCAAAGAAGAAGCUAUAGUACCACUCUCAAAGAAGAAGCUAUAGUACCACUCUCAAAGAAGAAGCUAUAGUACCACUCUCAAAGAAGAAGCUAUAGUACCACUCUCAAAGAAGAAGCUAUAGUACCACUCUCAAAGAAGAAGCUAUAGUACCACUCUCAAAGAAGAAGCUAUUAUAGUACCACUCUGAUUGUACUUUUCUCAAACUUGUUCUUUCCGGGAAACAGAGGUAAGGUGAAGAGAGCUCUCCGGUGUGCUGCUUCUCGUUCAGUCACCCCUUGCCGCAGUCCUCUCAUCACCCUCUCCAAGGAGUGUGUAUGUGUGAGUGUGUGUGUGUGUGUCUGUGAGUUGUCUGCGCUUUGUAGCACAGGAUGCCCUCGUUAGCCGCGUUGGCUCGGGUGCUGGCGUUGCUUCUCCCUGGGCUGCAGACAGGAUGUGGCUCCGCUACGGUAGCGGGAUCACUUGCGGUGGUGGAUGGAGCUACACGGGGACAGGAGCAGGUGGAGGAGAUCCAGGUGACCCCUUGUCCUUCCUGUGUGCUGGCCCAGAUGAGGAGUGACUACCUGGGCUCGGACCCGGGUUCUGUCCCGGCCCCUCCUGGAUCUGAAUCGGCUUCGGCUCAGACGUCGGCUCAGACAGACAUGGUGGAAGCGGUGAAGCAGCACAUCCUGGACAUGCUCCAUCUCAGCGCGAGGCCCAACGUCACCCACCCGGUGCCGCGCGCCGCCCUGCUCAACGCCAUCAAGAAACUACACGUGGGCCGCGUGGGCAAGGACGGCAGCGUGGAGAUCCAGGAGGAGGGGCCGGGGGGCGGCGUGGGGGCGGCGCCCCCACCCGAGCCGCCCUCCGAGAUCAUCACCUUUGCCGAGCCAGGCGACGCUACAUCCGCUGUGACCUUUGACAUUUCCAAGGAGGGCAGUGAGCUCUCAGUGGUGGAGCAGGCUAACGUGUGGCUUUUCCUCAAGCUGGCCAAGGGGCGAGGCAAGGGCAAGGUGAACAUACAGCUUCUGCAGCGCCGCCGGCAGAAGGCCAAAGCUCCAGGCUUUGCCUUCAAUGAGACCCAGGGCGAGGAGGAGGAGUUGGUGUCUGAGAAGAUGGUGGACACGAGGCGCAGCGGCUGGCACACGCUCCCCGUGUCGCACAGCAUCCAGUCCCUCCUGGACACCGGUGGCAGCAUCAUCGAUCUACGAGUCUCCUGCCCGCAGUGCACCGAGGCGGGUGCCACACCCAUCUUGGUCCACACCGAGGGCGAGCAACCGGGACGGGAGAGGGACCAAUCCCACCGGCCUUUCCUCAUGGUCGUAUUGCGGCCCGGCAUCGAGGAACACGCUCGCCGACGCGCCAAACGCGGCCUGGAGUGCGACGGAAAGAUGCACAUCUGUUGCAAGCGGCAGUUCUAUGUCAACUUCAAGGACAUCGGCUGGAACGACUGGAUCAUCGCGCCGCCGGGCUACCACGCCAACUACUGCGAGGGCGACUGCCCCAGCCACGUGGCCAGCAUCACGGGCUCCUCGCUGUCCUUCCACUCCACUGUCAUCAACCACUACCGAAUGCGGGGCUACGCGCCCUUCCAGAACACCCAGUCGUGCUGCGUGCCCACGCGGCUACGCGCCAUGUCUAUGCUCUACUACAACGAGGAGCAGAAGAUCAUCAAGAAGGACAUCCAGAACAUGAUUGUGGACGGGUGUGGCUGCUCAUAAGAGACAGUGAAAGAGAGCAGAUAUAUAUAUAUAUAUAUAUAUAUAUAGACUCACCAAUAACAAGAAGACACCCGUUGGGAUGAUGGGCCGUUUAUCCCUUCAAACAAAAACAAUACCUUUUUUUGGGGAGUCAUGUAAAAAAAUUGUUGACUGACUGAUCUGUCCGUUUUGUCUGAUUAUCCAACGGGAAAUUGUGAAGUCUUUCAGAUUUAAAAAAAAAAAUAAAAAUACAGAAUAUAUUUUUGUUGAAUGGAGAGCAAGAGUGGGACUACUUAUGUGAUUCCUGCUUCUCUGCACUGCAAUGAACAUGGGAACAAUUUUCCCUGAAAGAAAAAACUAUGCAACUGAUCAAGUAUUACCGUGUGGUCUUUUUAAUGUUUCACAUUAUGGUUUUGAUUUAUUUUUUCAUUUGUUUUUUUUUGUUUUUUGUUGUUGAUUUUGUUCAAAUGUGCGUCUGUGUUUCAGUUGUUUGUUACUGUUGAGAGAUACUUGAAAGAAAUAGGUUUGACCAGCUACUGGAGCCAAACACUUUUAUAAUUAAUAACAAGUUUUUUUUUAUUAUUAUUAUUAAUAUUUCUGAACUAUUUUGUCUUUUUACAUGAAAAACAAUUAUUAAUGUUGAAAUUUGCACUAUACCAACAUUCUUGCUUGAUCACAUUGACGGUAAAACACCAAACAGAUGAAAAGACUACCGCUACAGACUUCUCAAGCAAAAACAUAUGAAGAGUUUUUUUUCCAACAUUGUAAAAAAAAAAGUUGUAUUUAUUAGCUUUUAUAUUUGAAAGAACUUCUGAAAGAAAUUGGGUUGAGUCUAUCCUAAUCAUGGCAUGGAGUUCAAUGACAGAAAUUACUUGAUGGUUUAUUUCAGUGACAAAUAAUCAUGUAGUUUAGCUAAAAGUAGUAUUGCUAGGUUUUACACAGUCAAAUGAAACAAAUAACUACGUUUUUUAUAUAUAUAUUUAUAUAUAUAAAGAACUGUACAAAUGUUACGGAUGACAUCAAUACUUAAAUAUAUAAAACAAACAAAUCAGUAAUAUGAGAUGUGUAUGUAAAACAUUUACAUUUGACCUUUUAGUAAUUUAGCAAAUACUCUGAUCCAGAGUGACUUCAUCUUAAGAUAUCUAGGUGAGACAACCACAUCUAGGUGAGACAACCACAUCUAGGUGAGACAACCAUCACAGUCAAAUAUACAGGAUAUGAACAUUCCAUUCCAC